ACGCUCCCCGGAGCUGGGCAUGGGCGCCGCUACCGCAGCUCCCGGGGCCGGAGUCCGCGUCGCGCGGUGCCCCUGAGGCGCCGGGACGCCUGGGUCCAGCUGAGGCCGAGUCAUGAAUGAGAGAAACGGCCGGAGGCGGACAAUGAAGAAGGAUGACGAGGGCUUUGAGAUCUCCAUCCCCUUCAACGAGACCCCUUCUCUAGAGUCACCGCAUAUCUUCUACAGCCUGAGCCCGCCCCAGGGCAACUUUGAGGAGCCCCAAGAGCCCACGUCCCCCACCCUGGCGCUGAUGAACAGCGUCAAGACGCAGCUUCACAUGGCUCUGGAGAGGAACUCUUGGCUCCAGAAGCGCAUAGAGGACCUGGAGGAAGAGCGGGACUUCCUACGCUGUCAGCUGGACAAAUUCAUCUCCUCCGCCCGCAUGGAUGCAGAGGACCACUGUCGGGGCAAGCCUGGCCCCCGGAGGGCAGAGGGUGCCGAAGGUCGGGGCGGAGGGGAGGCCUCAGACCCUGAAUCAGCCGCCUCCUCCUUUAGCGGAGGCUCCGAGGAGGGGGGCUCUGCUGAGAGGAAGCGCCAGAAACAGAAGGGGGGAGCCAGCCGGCGGAGAUUUGGGAAGCCCAAGGCCCGGGAGAGGCAGAGGGUGAAGGAUGCCGAUGGGGUCCUGUGCCGCUACAAGAAGAUCUUGGGCACCUUUCAGAAGCUGAAGAGCAUGUCCAGGGCUUUUGAACAUCACCGAGUGGACCGAAACACUGUGGCUUUGACCACGCCCAUUGCCGAGCUGCUCAUUGUGGCACCCGAGAAGCUGGCCGAAGUGGGCGAGUUUGACCCGUCCAAGGAGAGGCUGCUGGAGUACUCGCGCCGCUGCUUCCUGGCACUGGACGACGAGACGCUGAAGAAGGUGCAGGCCCUCAAGAAGAGCAAAUUAUUGUUGCCCAUAACAUACCGCUUCAAGCGGUGAUCCCGAUUCUUCCUGAGCCAGCUGCCCCACCAGCCGUCUCCUCUCCCUCCCACCCUGAAGUGGCCGCGUGUCGUGGGGCUCUUGGGCCCCUGCGCCCUUCUGCCCAGAUCCCCCAGAUCAGCUGUUGGCUUUCAAGUGAUGAGUCUGCCGGCUACCUUCUCUUGUCAUCUCUGCUCCUGCGGGCCAACUGUUGGCUCUUCCUUACCGAGGGACCCCUUCUAUCCCGAUGGCUUUCCUAUCUAUAUCUCCAAGCCAACAGCUGUGUCCUUUGCCAUUGCACCUCGCCCAGCCAAGUCCCCCUUAAUGGUGGCCCUCAAGGAGUCCCACAAAUGCCCUGGUCUUGGGUGGGAUCCUGACCUUGUCCUUUAUGAUCCCUUCCACCAUACCACCACCCCUGCAGCGGCUCUGUGUGUGUGUUCUGUGAGAAAAGGAGGGAGAGAGCAGGCAUGUGAGUGGUGCUUACAUGUGAUUCCAGGUGGAAGUGUGGGUCUUCUGCCUCAUCCCUUGCUAUUCCCCCACGGAGCCUGGGUGGGGGGGUGGGAGGCAGUGUAUAAGUAUGUACAUAUUUACUGGAUGUCCCCCUUUAGCCUUCCACAAUAUCAGCCUCUGUUUCCCAACCCUGUUUGCCUGACCUGGGCUCCUUCUGCCCGGUUCAGAUCCCCUUGUACCAAAUCUAGAGACUGUACAGGGAUUCUCCACAUGGCCAGCCUUCAUUGUGUUUGGAGAGAGGUCAUAGGACCAGUUGAGUGAGCCAUUGAUGGGGGAUAUGGACCUGGCUUCUCCCCCCACCUCGGGGUUUGACUAACUUCCUUUCCCUUCCCUAGGCCUGUUUGCUUCUUUGUAAAAUAGGAGUUAAAUGAGAUGAUUUCUAAGAUGGUUCUGAGACCUUGGAUGAGUCCUUUCCAGCCUGGGCCUCUGUUUCCUUCCUGAUACAAGUUGGGACUAGGUGCUCUCGAUAGGUAGGUCACUGUGUGACCUGUGAUGAUAGUGAUGCCUUGGACUGCUGGCUGAGAUGCGGGAUGCUUCUCCUCCCUGACCACUGAAUGAGCCUGGCACUUCCUCGGCCUCCUAGUGCCAUGGCAGGGAGGCCUGGAUUCUGGAUGAAGACUGGUCCUCCCUUUGCCCCUCCCUCCUCCUUUGGCAGCCUUCCCGGGGAGGGGGCCACCCUGGAGCACCCCCUCACCUGAAGCAUCUCGCUGCCUGCCCCCAAGGGGACUAACAGAUAAAUGAAUUAUUCAGAGUUUAAAUUAAAAGUGAACCAGCAGAUUUGGAA